AUGGUCGUGGGCCUCAGCGGCGUUUCCGCACAGGAAGAUGUGCGUUUUGCAAACAAGGAAAGCACGCUACUCAAAUCGACCAAGUUUCCGCCCAACUUUGCGGAGCAGGUCGAUAUGACCAAGGUCAAUAUGGAAGUCAUGCGGCAGUGGAUUGCGCAGCGCGUCGAGCGCUUGCUCGGUUUCGAAGACGACGUGUUGGUAGAGCUGAUCACUGAAUUCCUGGAAAAUAACCAGGUGCAGCUUACGGGGUUCCUGGAAAAGCGCGCUCGUCCGUUUAUGAGCGAGUUGUGGGGCCUUUUGCUUUCGGCACAGGUCUCGGUCGGCGGGAUCCCACGCAAGUUUGUAGAGCAGAAGAAGGAGGAGAUGGAGCAGCGGCGCGCGCAAAAUGCAGACGUGAUAGGCGAAGUGCGUCGCCGCAAUGUGCCGCCGCGUGCGGGAGAGGAUACGCGGAUUCCAUCGCGAGAGGGACGCUGGGACCGUGGGCGUGUUCCGAUCAAUACCGAGCAGCGGCGCGGUGGCUACUUUGCACACGACCGCGAUACGUUUGUAGAUAAGCGUGGCAAUGUGACCCGCCGGGAGCGCGACGCUGGCUGGUAG